UUACUUUCUCGGGUCAUCGUCACCAAUGCUGUGACAUUGAGGGUGUUACGGAAAGGGCCGAAUGGCCGAGGUUUUCUGAUAGACACGGAUCUUGCACAAUGUUUACAUCUGACGAUUUACAAGAAUGAUCUUGAAAAUUCUAUGCUGCAAUACACGUGUAAGUCGUGGGUUUACACAUUGAUAUGAAAUAUAAACUAAACAUUAACGGCAUCUCUGCAGGACACACUCACACUGAAACGGUUAGUCGGUUAGUGGUGUGCAACAGCAAGGCUGCUGGGAACAGUUUAUUGAUAUUGGGAUGCGCGGACUGGGUUCAAUCUCUGGAUAACGCCCGAAAUCAACAUUUACCUAGCUAGAGAUCCCGCCGACUCAGAUUUCACUUGAUAGUCCAUGUGUUAGUCACUGAUCACCUGCUGACAUUGGACCCCGGCCAGUAUUUCCUCAGUCCAACAAGGAAGACCGAAGACAUCAGAAUGAUUUAUUGUGCCGACUGUGGUAUUCUCCUGUUUGAUGAUGUGAGGGGCAAACAGUAUUGCAAGGCAUGCAGAACCGCUCAAGAAGAAAGAAACAAGUUAUCGAGACAAUCAUCCUGUGGCUGCAAUUACUGUGAUCGAAACUAUGAUUGGAAUGACAAGGAAUUUUCCUGCAGUAGGAAGUCAACAGCCUCUGAAAAAAGCAAACCCAGGCCACUGAGGACUCCAAGAGAAGCACUGGUGGACGAGGGAAUCAGGACAAAGUGGGAAAAAGAGCAGAUGGAAUUAAAACGACAGCUGCUGACGGAGGACAGUGAUGUCAUCAAAUCCAUCACACAGAACAUGAAGAAGGACCGACUGAAAGAGGGCGACCUGUACGUUGGUGGCGUGGACAUCUCGUUUAUCAAGGGGGACGAUGUUAACGCAUGUUCAGCAUUUGUGGUCCUCAGUUAUCCAGAUUUAGAGGUUGUUUACGAGGACUACCAGAUGAUCCAGCUGACGGCACCAUAUAUCCCAGGGUUCCUUGCAUUCCGUGAGGUGGAGUUCCUGGUAGCACAGUACCGCCACCUUGAGCAGACAAACCCGGAAUACCUGCCACACGUCAUCUUUGUUGACGGGAAUGGAAUUCUGCAUCCAAGAGGAUUUGGCUUAGCAAGUCAGUUGGGGGUGCUGCUUGACGUGGCGUGUGUAGGCGUCGCUAAGACACUCAUACAUGUUGAUGGUCUGGAGAAUGACGACAACCACAAAGACAAGAAACACCUGCUGAAAAAGGAAGGGGACACAUUCUUACUGCAGGACAAGUCAGGGCAUGUUUUGGGAAAGGCCCUGAAGAGCACUGAUAGCACCACUAACCCAGUAUACAUCUCGGUGGGACAUAAGAUUAGCAUUGACACAGCAGUAUGGCUUGUCCACAAGUGCUCAAAGUACCGUAUUCCUGAACCAACAAGAAAGGCUGACUUAAAUUCAAGAGAAUAUCUCCGUGUCCACCAUCCACAAGGAGCAUAAGUUUUACCGGAGUCUUCUGUCUACUCACAUCUGCAAACCUGGCUGUGAUACCAGCGGCCGUGUGAGCAGUGUGAUAGUGUACGUGACUGUCACACCUGAGUGAAUGAGUGAGAGGGUGGAGGGGUUGAUGAGAAAGCGAGUGAGUGAGUGUGAGUAUGUUGUUCAUCAAUUGUUCACAUCUGUCAAUUGGCAUUGAACAUAAAACUAUUCUGCUGUGUGACACCUGAGCAGUAAACUUGGACAAAGUGCUGUGACUAUGUGUCCCAGUCCCCCCAGCUGUGAAUGGGUACCUCAUAAGGAUGGGAAUGCCACAAUAACUCGGUGCGCCUAGUGGCUGCAAGAGUUGUAUGCUCCCCAGGGAGUUGAGAUUGACAAUACGAUGUGCCGUUGAGCUUGACACUGAACGAGGGAAAACAACGCGCCUUUGAGCAGCUGAGCUGAGCUGCAUAUUGGGUUAUGUAUGUAUGUA